AAUACGACAGUAUAAAUUAAAAUUUUAUUUGAAGAUAACAGUAAUUAAAAUGUAUCGAGCCGUACACAGCAUAAUGACUUUGUGUGUUUUGUAUUUCAUUUUUGCAAAGGCUUAUUCUGCACCUUCGAGACUAACAUCUUCAGAAUAUGAAAACCAUAUACGUGAAAGAAAUAUGGCGUCACAAAGAAGAUGUGUUGAGUUGUAUUCAAGACUAUCGUAUGCUAUGUGGAAACAUGUUUGUGGUCCACGUACUCCACACGCCUUCGUUCGUCGUGUGAUGCCGUCAAUGCCAGAAAACCCUAACACUAAGUUAGAUCAAUACAAGGAUGACACAACGGAAAAUUCAGUUCGACUACAAGAACUAAUUUCCGGCUUAAAUCGUCAAACAAGAGACGGUGGAAUUCAAUACGAUGCCCCCUUAUAUAUCAUAUAACCCGAGAACUUGCAUUAUUUUUCCAACAAAAUAAAAUGAUGUUUUUAGCAAAGAAAACGUAUAUUAAAAUUUUCUCUCUUGAUUGUAUUUCAUUACUUGCCUAUAUUGUUUGUAAAAAAUUUAACUUUUUAUUAUUCAUUUAAGAUCAAUAAAUCAAAUGUAUCGCACACCAUAAACAUAUAGACUUAAAUACGUAACAAUGUAUCAAAAAUUAUAUAGAAUUCGAAAAUCCUAUUUGGCUUUAACCUAUACAUAUUAACGUUACUGCAUGAUUGAAAUAUUGUUAUGAUUUAAAAACACUGCUUGUAAGCAAGAAAUUUAAAAUAUGGCGGAGAAUAUGAUUUUUAAGACUUGAUAUUCUUUGAUAUAUAUAUGAAGUAUCAGUAGUUCGGCCAUUCCAUUUGGUGACUCAAAAUUCAAAGUCCUUAGCCUUCAAUAUUUUCGUUGUUUUCGGUCUGUUCUAUCAUAUAUGUUUCUAUUGUAAUUUAUGCAUUCUGAUUCGGUAUAUUUAUUAUCUACAAACAUAUUUGAUUUUUUUUUUCAAUAAAGUACUAUUUAACGAGCAUGCAAAUAAAGUAAUAUUACUUAUUCGUAAGCUAAUACGUAGUAUAGCAAUUGAGUAUAUGAGAUAUAAAAAAUAAAUUUAUAUAGAUUUUUCAGAAAAAUUUCAGAAAUUUCAGGAUUUCUCAUAAAAAUAAGGAAGCAUAAUAUGGGACGCAUCUGAUUAAAUAAUGUCGCAACUAAAAAUUUAAUAAUCGUCAAAAAAAAUACGUUGAUGUGAAAUGAAUUUGAAUGCAUACAUAUGUUAUUACAUUUUCGGAAGAUUGUACAUUUGCAAGAAAAUGAUCUAUCUUUUCAAA